AACACAAUAUUUUAUAAUUAUUAUUUAUUUUUUUAAAGAGAAAAUGAACCAAACCUACUUGCCCCUAUUAAAUCAUGAAUGACCGGGGUUAAAUUUCAAUUCCACUAGCCAGAGCCAGGCCUGAUUACUGGCAGAAGCACUGAAUCAAGUUAAAUAACAAAAUGAAAUAGACUAAAAGAUCUCAUAAAACAACAGCUGAGAAGCAAAAUGAUUGACAACUAUCAGUCUAGAUGGUGCUACAAAUGUACAAUUACAUCAUUCACAGGCAGAAAGGUUUUCUAUCAGGGAGUUUUCCUUUCAUCCCUUUAUCUGGAUAAAAACAGAAAUUCUCUCUUGAGAAGGAGAGACUCCAAAGGGAAACUUUGAUAUUUAAGAUCAUUGUUUGAGGACACCGGGCAUCAUGGUGGUCCAGUGGUUAGGACUCUUGCUUCAAAGCAAGAAGUCGCUGGGUUUGAAUUCAUCUCACUGGUAGGGGUCGUUUCUGUGUGACGUUUGGAUGGUUUCCCCUGAUAAUCUAGUUUUCUCCCACAGUCCAAUAGUAAAUUGGACCAUACCUGUCUAGAAUAUGUCCCCUUUGCCCUGUGACAGCGGGGAUAGGGUCCAGCUUUAGUAGGUGUUGACCAAAAUGAAAAGACAUCGUGGAUGGUUUGUGGGAAGUCUUUAUUUUAUUAUAAACUAUGUGAUGAAGUCAAGUUAUUCAGCAGACAUCUGCCCCUCCCUGAGCCUGGUUCUGCCGGAGGUCUCUUCCUGUUAAAGGGGAAGAAACCACUGUUGCCACGUUCAUGUUCAAAGUGAGUCAUCUGAUUGUUUUCUCUGUAUCAUUGUGUUAUUGUAUUUUUUGUAUUAUUGCAGGGUAUCUACCUUUCAAUAUAAAAUGCCUUACGAUGACUGCUGUUGCGUUUUUCUGUUACAUAAAUGAAAUUGAAAUGAAUUUUAAUUAUACCAUUAUCAUCUCUGUGUAUAUGAGCAAAAUAGGUGACUGGUUUUAUUCUAAAGAUACAGACUGGUGAAGCUCUCUAAGAAAAAAGGGACAGCUGUACAAUUAAAUGGGUUGCAAUGACUUUGCUCUCCCUGAACAAAAAUAUGCUGGUCUGCCUGGUUGUGUGGCGCUGGGGGUCCAGCACCUGUGUAAACAGUAUGAGAAAAUGAUACAGGAACAUGGCCACUCAGCUCGCUGCAGAGUUUGCAGCAAAGAGGAGAAUUUGAGGAAUGACAAAACUCAACUCCUGACAGUGGACAUACAAAAGAGAAAGAUUUGAUCAGGUUUUUUCAAUUCAGGCAAAUAUUCUGAACAAACCAAACUUACUCAGCAUCAGAGAGGCUGAUACAUGUUUGAUGUUAGGACAACACCCCUGUGUCUUCUAUAAGGCAAUAGGACUAUUAGGUUCUGUCAGUUAUUCUUUGAACUUCUCUUUUUAGUUUUUCUGACUUUUUCAAACUGAGCUCAAAGGUUACUUUUACAUCCUCAUCCCCUUGACUCAUGCUAUAUGGAACCAAGAAUGGCGUUCAAACAACUGGACUUCAGAAUGGUCAUAUCUGGGCAACUGAAUGGCUUUGCAAAGUGAUAAUAGAAGUCGAUAAUAAUGCUAUAUUGGAUAUCUCAAGAUUUUUAGAUCGUAAAGGAUUAAAAACAUUGUUACUCUUUAGUUUUAAAACGCACGUGAAGGUUUUGCGCCUUUGUAUAGCCACUAUGAUGUAUUACAGCGGUGUAAGCUGUAAUGCACAAGUAAAAACUAGCACACUUCCAUCUGUUAAUCAUCUGUUUUGUAAAUUAUGGAGGUUUUUUUGGUCCACCCCAGAUAGGAUCAAAUUGGGCUGUAUGUGUCCCACGGACCUGAAUGAUUCUGGGAAGAAGAACCCACUUUCAGCCCCUCCUUGUAGCACCACUCCGAGAGCAGCGGGCAAAACACUACCUGGGCUGUGCUCUAUCAAGGUAAACAGAGCUAACGGGUACAACCGGCCAAUAUUUUCAAAAUAAGUUUCUUGUUUAAAGAAAUGCGUUGCCCUUCGCUUGAAAUCGAAGCGUAGUUUGCCAACUUAAAACACAUUAUUUCAUAAACUACCAUUAAAUUAAGAUAAGCAUCACGCGUCACGUUUACUUUCGCCUGUCACGCGUUUACGUUUUUAUUUUGAAGACAUCCUCAUACAGUUCCGGCACCGCUCGGAUUUUUUCUUGGUAAAUUGACAUCGCUGGUUAACGGCAGCCUGGUUGCUAGACGACUCAAUCUGCGACGCCGAUGAGAAAUCAGUAACCUCUGUACCGAAAGACAGCAGCAUUUUAACAGUUUUAAGGAAGCUAUGCUCUACAGCCCACGUUACCGUAUGAACUGCUUAUUAUUAAGGAAAGUUAGCUGUCCCAAAACAUUCCCAGUUGUAGCAUAGCUAGCGUCUCUUUUGUUGCCCCCCUGUGUAUUUCUUAGCAAGAGAGGAGGCGACGUGAAGUAAGAUUUGGGAGUUGGGAAAAGAUGACCGAAUUAGAAGUGGAAAAAGUCGAGUUUUCCAACCUAACAUAACAUUUACUUACUAGCGAUGUUCAGUGCCAACGCUAAGACGUCUUUUCAGGCGAGUGAUGUCCAAACAGAUGAAGACUACGAGGAGCUGGUUGAGGAUGGCUUCUCGCUCCCUGCUGAUGUUCCAGUAAAGAAAACGAAAAAGAAAGUCUCUUCUGGCAAGCCUCCUCCUUCUCCAGGGUCUCCAUACCUCACCAGUCUGAAUGUGAAUCACAGGAGAGCAGCAGUGGGUGCUUGGAGACUACCAAGGGCCUCUCUGGGGGACACCAGAUUGGACACUCCCGGGGAGACUGGCCCAGCUCGCCUUACUUCCCUCAGCAACGGCCUUGAUGUGUCUCAAACUCUGAGAUCAGAGUGUGACGCCACACCAGAGCUCCUCAUGCAGACCCUGAGCACGAGGAAAUCCAAACAUCUCCGCUCUGCUUCCAACGGUUUGACUUUAGUUACAAGUGAUUUCAUGAAGAAGGAGGACAUGUACGAUGAGAUCAUUCACCUCAAGAAGAGCCUUCAUGAGCAGAAAUCUGACAACCAGCAAAUGAAAGCCAAAAUACGACGCCUGGAGGAAGACAAUGCCAAGAGAGAGAAACAGAUAGAAUCACUGUUGGAUCCCACUAAGGGAUCUGAAUAUACGCGUAGUUUGGUAGAUAGGAAAAGAGAAGGGAGCGUGGUUAUCAAUGGACUGAGGCAGAGGAUCCUAAAGCUGGAGCAGCAGUGCAGAGAGAAAGAAAACGCCCUGAGUAAACUGCAAAGUGAGCUGAGGGCCACCAACCUGGAAGAACUGAAGAUUCGAGUCAAAUCAUACUUUGAGGAGAUCCAGAGACUGAGGAUGCUUCUAGAAGCAGCUGAGAAAAGCUGUCGAGCCGAGAGCAAAUGCUCCCAGAGGCAGCAAAAAGCUUUGAGCUUCACAGUUCACCGUCUGACUGAGAACCUGGAGCAGCUUCAACAAGAGAACGUGGCACUCAGAGAAGAACUCAACACCGACAGUCCUGCUGGAGGAGCCAAAGAUUACAGAGAGUGGAGUAAACAGAGACUGUUGAGACGGCUGUUGGAGGUGGAGAAGAGGCUGGAAGACAGCAAAAGACACGCCCAGUCACCAAAGAGCGCCAUCCUAUUGGAUAAGGAAGUCCAGAUCACACUCACUGAGAGUCUGGCAUUUACCAUGGCAACAGAGGCAGUGGUCUCCGGGGGAACGCUCACUGAUGAAAGGGAGGAGGUUUCGGAGUUGAGGGAACGCUUGAGCCAAUUGGAGGAGGAGAAAAUGGCACUUGAAGAGUUGCUGUCAAGUAGAGAUGAUGAACUGAAACAGCUGAAGGCUGAAAGAGAAAAACUUGAGAAAGCGACAAAACAGUGGAAAGCUGAACAGAAAAAACUACACGAUGAAGAGAGACGGCAGCAUAAACAGGAGUUGAAACAGUUGCGAACUCGGAUCCAAACUCUGGAGGAGGAAAACAGUAAACUUGCACAGGCUGAGCUUUCCUCUCUUCCUCCCACAUUGGCAGAGGAGACUCAGGGCAGCACAGGUGUGAGAGAGGGAGAGGAGAGGGACACGGGGAGCAAAGAGGAGGCAGAGGGAGGUGAGGAAUCAGUCACAGAUGACGGAGAGAAAGAAGAAAUGGAGAAAGCAGCAUUAGACAUUCAGAUAUGCUGGAGGGAGCACAGAAACAGGGACACGGUGAUGCUGCAGUCAGCUUUAAGAGGCCACCUCUUCAGAGACUCACAGCUGAAGGAGCUACCGGAAGAUGCACUGAAUCAGGUUGAAAAAUCCUCAAACUUCAGCGAUGAAGCUUCCUCCGUUGGUGACACGCUGGAUGAUGACGCCUUGACGAUGAUACAGUCGGCAUGCAGGGGACAUCUGGCUCGAUGUAGUCUUGCACAAGGAAGGUCUGUGCCUUCUUUAAUGGAAAACAAUUUUCCCACGCUGGCACCAAGAGGAAGUGCAUUACCACACCCACCCAGCAAAAAAGAUGCUGCAUCUCUCAGUGAUGAUGGUGAAGAGGAAGGUGUAAAGAAAAAUAGCCGGCCUGCGUCUAACAUCUCUGCCUCCAGGAAGACACUCACAAAAGCCCAGAGCGAGUCUCGUGACAUCGAUGAAGACGCCGCUUUCUAUUCUGAUGAUUCUGAUGACAUCAUCGUGUCUCCGUCACGCCCAUCGAGAAGCUGAGUAGUCACUAAGUAUAGUUACUGAGUAUAGUUACUAAGAAGUUUAACUUCUUACUGAAGCUGCAAAUAAAAGCUGGGCUGUUCCAAUAAUGUUUGUAAUAUCAAUAACAAUAUUCACUGUGUAACACGAGCUGCUCCCAUGCCAAUGCCAAUAACAGGAAUAUUCUCAGAAUGUGUCUCAGUGUUGAUGUAAGGUUAUGAGAUGUUUUUUUUUUCUUUUCUUUAAUCAGACAAGAACAUAAAACGAACAGCCCAUUUUA